AUGGCGGAGAUGGAUUUUCAAUUCAAAUACGAGUGUUUGUGCACGAGCCCCAAAAGCAUAAGAGUUAACGAUAUUCACAACACCGACUAUCAACGGCGAAUAAAGGAACGCAUGAACGAAAUCGUCGAUCGAUCGUGGGACGAAACGGAUCCCAGCAUCCUUUCGCAGUUGACAAUGCUCUCCCAAUGCAUCCCGCUUACCAGCAAUGUCAAUGCGACCUUACCGGACAUUACCAUCCCCGACCGUGAAAAAGGAUUGGCGAUCAUGAAAAGCGUAAGCAAUAAAUUGCCGCCUUCCGGAUGUAGUUGCGCUUGUGAAGCAAUAUCCAACGUAUUAUCCACCGUGCUGGACGCAGGUUUGGCGGAAGUGAACAUCGAACCACUACGGGAGCAAUCCCUGCUGGAAAAGGUACAACUAUUAAAACCGUUCGUGCCAGCGUUCCACGAUGAUGUUUCCUUGUGCAAUUUCUUCAUGCGUGCCUGGAAACAGGCCGUUCGGUUUUAUUGUCCUAGACUGGUGGGCGAACUGGCGCAAGUCUACCCACAGUUUCUCGAGCCACUCGUAGACGCACUGAUGAAAGUACAGGACGCCGAUUACGGGUCGCUGCAGCUGCUGAAAGAAUUCCAAUUUUUAGCCCGCUGCCUUACGAUAGGCGAAUCCUUCUAUGCCAUACUGUCAUAUCUCGCCAAGCAAGACCGCGUUCGUGCCCAGCCCCUGAUUAGCGCUUGCAUUCGCUCUGCCAAGGACCAGCUGUCCAGCAAAGAGUACUACGCACUAUUCCCGCCGGCAAUUAGACCCUACGCCAUCGUAAUGAACGAGAUUAUCAAUCCCAACGAUACCGAUGUCGAAAUGCUAAUCGGUCAGUUACGAAGCGAGCGUCCUCACGAGUACAAAAUUCUCAUGAUGAUUUCCCCCGUGUUUUGCUGCCUGGACGAUGCAUUGCCUGAAGCAGCUAGCUGAGCGGAGAUUAAUUAAAAAUUGUAAAUAAAGCAUGUGAAACAAAGGA